GAAGACGCAGGGUCGCGGCGAGCGUGGUCGGUUGAAUAGCUAGGGCGUAACUACCAAUCUAAAUAGUAUAAUAGCAUGGGAUGGCCAGCGGCGACCUAAUUCAGUAGCCAAUGCUUUCUGUGAGCCACCGCUACAAUGGAUUACGAAAGCGAAGGAGGAGAACACUUCAACAACAUGAGCUGUACACCGCCAGCUAUGGACGACUUCCCCCAUGACAUGUUUACGGAGGAACAAAGACAAAAUGGUGCAUUAGUAUUUCACGUCACAACUUCAUUAUAUUUAUUUUUGGCCCUCGCCUUAGUGUGCGACAAGUACUUCGUACCUGCAGUAGAAAGGAUAUGUAAAGCUCUAAACAUGUCUAAUGAUGUUGCUGGAGCAACAUUCAUGGCAGCUGCAACAUCAGCACCUGAACUAUUUGUGAAUGUCAUUGGUACAUUCAUCACAGAAGGAGAUAUUGGAGUUGGCACAAUUGUUGGAAGUGCUGUGUUCAACAUACUGGCCGUAGCUGCCUGCUGUGGCAUUGGCUCUGGUAUGGUUGUCCCACUACAUUGGUGGCCAUUGACCCGAGAUUGCCUGGCAUACGGAGUUACAGUUACGAUUCUCAUCUGCAUUAUCCAUGAUGAACGAGUAGAGUGGUAUGAAGCUAUGGUCCUUGUUACUCUGUACACGGUCUAUAUUGCAGUUAUGUACUGGGAUAAAUCCUUCCAGAAGUGCACUCGUAAAGGUUUAAGACACGCAUCAAAAAAAAGUUUCAAAAGACAUGACCCUGUUGAGGUACCUGAUGUGCAGUUGGCUGUACCAAGUACAGAAACAGUUAACUCCCCCCAGCAGAAUGGGAACAUUGUCCGGCCACCCCCACCUCCUCCAACUGUUGACUCUCCACCUACAGAGACUACUGGAGCCUGGGAUAUUCUGAGUUUUCCAUACAGCAAGAGUUGGUUACGAAAGUUGUCUUGGAUACUUGUCCUACCAAUUCAUACUGUAUUCUUAUUUACCAUACCAGACUGUGAGCACCCUCGCUUCAAGAAGUGGUUUCCCGUCACUUUUCUUAUGUGUAUCAUCUGGAUUGGAGGGUUGUCCUAUGUUGUUGCAUGGAUGAUAACUGUGGUUGGUGAUACAUUGAAGAUCCCAGAUUCGGUUAUGGGAAUCACUUUCUUGGCAGCUGGGACAAGUGUACCAGAAGCCGUAUCUAGUGUCAUUGUGGCUAAACAAGGUCAUGGAUCGAUGGGUAUCAGCAACUCUUUGGGUUCCAACACAUUUGACAUCCUGCUGUGCCUGGGUCUGCCAUGGCUCAUCAAGGCCUCUUUCUUACCUACCAGUGCUGGACACCAUUUUGUUAGGAUCAACUCCCGUGGGCUCGAGUACAGUGCCAUAUCGCUCCUCUCCACUUUACUGCUUCUCUACAUAGCUUUCGCCAUCAACAGAUUCAAGCUAGACAGGAAGGUGGGAUAUGCAUGUCUCAUGAUGUAUGGGAUGUUUCUAGUGUUAGCUACACUGAUUGAACUUAAUGUUUUCUUCACUGUUAAUCUCCCAACAUGUGGCAGAUCGUGAAAGACACAGUAUUUUCUCUCAUUCCAUUAAUUCAUCUCUCAUUAUCAUACAUGUGUUAUGAUAUUCCACGUUUUAAUAAGUAACAUAUACAAUGUAGAUUUUGUCAUUAUGAACUACUUUUUUUAAUUCUUUCAAGAUCAAUAUUUUAUCUUGAGUACACAUUAGCUCAAGAACUAUAUGUAUUUGGUUUACUAAAAUGUCAGUCACUUAUACAUUAAACUUAAUAUUAAUUUUUUAAAUACAUAUAUACACUUUCAGUUAUGUUGAAAAAUAUGAACUCAGUUACCAAAGUUCACUACUAUUUGUAAAUAUUAUGUAGACUGUACUAACUAUUCAAUUCUCUUCCUAAACUAGUAAGAGUUUCCUUCUAACAAUUCUUCUUCAUGUACAAAUAUUUAAUUUUAUAUUUAUGAUGUAUAUAAUAUAUACAUUAUUGUUAAGAAUAGUUUUUUUUCUUAUGACUAAUAUCAAAUAACUUCCAAAAUGUAAUAUUCUCAAGUUAACUCUAAUAAUAUAUAAUAAAAAAAUUAACUAAUUUUUAAUUGCCUAAGUCUGCUUCUUUUAGUAAAAUAUGUAUUCUUAUUUUUGUAAUUAAAUAUGAAAAGUUGCACCAAUUGUAAUGAACAAAAUGUGAUUUCAAUUUACUUAGGACAGUUUUCAUGAAUAACCCGAUGAAAGUAAAUUUUAUAAUUAUUUAAGUGCAAUACAAUAUGAAUUAUUUAAAUGCUAAUAAAUAUUUGAUAGUAUAUAAUAUACAUCUUACAAUGUAAUUUCUAUCUAAACUUUAUGUCACAUGUGAUGUGGAUGGGUGAGAUUACCUUGGAAAAAGAUUUAAAAGGAUGUUAAGUUUAAAAAACCAUUUUGUAUGUUUGAUUAACACUGGUUUUUGAAAUUAAACUAGUUAAUUUAUUUUUCAAUACAGUUGUACUUCUUAACAACUUAUUGGCAGCAAUAAUGUCUGAAAAAAAUAAACUUCUGAAACAACUCUCUCACAUUUGGCUGGGAUGUCUAAUUAAUUGAUUUAGUUGCUGCUUGUUUUCACCGUUAUACUAAACAUAUUUAUUUGUGUAUCUAUAUUAAUCUGUAUAAAAGUCAGACAUCAAUUUUAAUUGGUUCCAAAACUAAAAAUUGAAUAACACCAAUGAAAAUUCAUGUUAGCAAAACCUACUGUUUAAAUUAAAUUUAAUAUUAAUUUUGAAGUUUUAAUUUAAAACAUAAUAAGGAUUCCAUAGCUAACCAAAUAUGUCUUUAAAAGGUUAGAUCAAAGUUUAUGUUUCUGUUUAACACAAUGUCUGUUAAUAUAUUUGUACCAUAUGGAUUUAUAUACAGUCAAUAUGUUUUGCUAGUAUCUCUACCAUGAUCUGAUUCUAUGUCUUACAACUUGCUUAACAUAGACAGUUGAGCAUGAAAUCAAGGUUGUUUGUACUUUGAAUUAGGUUGUGUACACGGUUACAUUUUUAUACAAUUAUUUGAUAUUAGAAACUAAUUUUAUAUCAACUCAUAGCUACAUUUUUACAAGUUACUAUUCUCCAAAUGUUUGUUAAUUUAAUUUAGUGCACUAGCACAGUAGAGUGUCAACAUCCUAGACUGGCAUUACGGUAGAGAAGAUGAUCUAUGCAGUUUUGUCCUAGUUCAAUUGAUAAAGUUCCUUGUUGAGGCAUGCUUUACAGAACUGCUUUAAUUGGGAUAAUUAAAGUAGAAGUAGGUGAGUACAAUGGAUAAUUUAGGUCACGUUGGUUUUCUUUUCCCGUUACUCAAUAUAUUACAAUCUCUGAUACAUGGAAAAGUGAAUAGGCAUUUUGUCAGUGAUUAUUCCGGUAAAUGGGCAAAGUGUAAUAUUUUUAAUAACUAUGGGAGCAUUUGAAAUAUUACAAUUAUUAAUUUUGCGUAUUAUGUCUUUGAAAACAAUAAAAUCAGAAAAAAUGGGCACAUUUAUCUUAAGUGGCAGAUAAAUGGUUUAAACAUAAAUGCCAAUAUUAUAAUAAUCACAAACAGACUUGAUAACAUUAUAUACUGGUAGAUUACUAUAAAAAAUUAACAUGUUCAAAAUUCAGUUGAGCAAUUUAUAAAGAAAUUCAGACCAGAGUAUUGUAAAAAUAUUAAUGAACUAUUUAAUCAUAAUAAUAAUAAAUGUAGGAGUGUUCAUUACAAACAAUCUGCCCAUCAUGUUUAUACUCUGUGGUCAUAACGUAAACCAGUAGAAGAUUAAAAAGUUAUAAUAUUAUGUGUCCAUGCAGUUUAUUUAGUUUUUUAUACCUUAAUCACAAAAUUGUGUAACUAGCACAGCACAUUUCUGGCAAGAAUCUCACUUUGUGGCAAACUGAUCAUCAGAGUUUUGCUUUGAACUAUUUUCUGUUAUCCUAAAGAGAUAAUCUCAUUUAAUUAAUUUCUUAUAAUUUGAUAAGGACUUCACUCCCAUUAUGCUGGUCGGCCUAUUCACUCACCAAAAUCAAGUGACCUUGUGUUAGACAUCACCACUUUGCCUGACAAAGAUGAUCAAUAUUUCAAUAAACCUUUGUAGAGGGGGUAAAUAUAGAGUAGAAGAUAAAUAUAGACGAGAAAAAAAGUUGUUGUAUGAUAUUUUGUGUGUUUCUUGGCUCUGUCCAUACAUGGAAUUACAACAUUCAGUUUGUAAUCGACACAUACAACCUUAUAUCACAAACCAACAAAGUGCCUGCGAGUUGUUUCACGGAGUGUCAGCGAUGUAACGGCCCAGUUGACAUCAAUUAGUGGACUGACUGCAUUUUGGUACAGAACAACUUUUAGCCCUUGUUUUGUCUCAUGAAUAUGUUAUUCCAAAUCAGCUUUGUUCUUUUUGUGAUGCACUAUGAAAAAAGCUAAGUUUAACAAAUUGUCUAGGGACAUACGCAAAAUUGCCAAGAAAUUGCACAGUGAUGUAGUUUUUAUUUUUAAGUCUAUUGUUUCUGCAGACAAUGUUUAUGCUAAAAUAUUAUUUGUUUUCUAUUCAUUGUUUAACUUGAGAAUUGACAUACUUAAUAAGUAAAUUGCAUAUCAUGCAGUAAUUUAUUAGUAAUAUUUAGCGGCAGCUAAAAACUUAUUUAUUAAUCAUACUGUUUACUAAGGUUUAGUAAUUUAUCGUAUUAUAAGACUCAAAUAUACAGCAUUUAAAAAGGUUUUGAUACAUUUUGAUUAAUGGGUAAAGAAACAUUUUAAUAUUGUGAUUUCUUGACUCAAAACUCCAAUUUCUUAGGCAUGUUAUGUAAAUUGCAAUAGAUAUGUAAAUUUGUAGAUGUAGUAUUUUAUAAAUUUGUUUAAGAGUUUAUAAAAUAAAUUGCUAGUCGGACUUU